UUGCUCUGGUUUUAUAUGGGAUCAUGGACGUGAUAGCUGUAUACCGUGUAUGAGUGGAUAUUUUGGAAGAAAUUGUACUUCGAGAUGCUCUUAUCCAAAAUUUGGGAAAAAAUGUCGACAAAUUUGCAAUUGUUCUCAAAGUGAUUGCAAUCCUGAACAUGGCUGUAGAAUGUUAUCUGAGGAUUGCGACCUUGGAUUCACUGGUUCCUAUUGUGAACUUCCAUGUCGCUAUCCUUCAUAUGGAUAUUUAUGUCAGGAAUUCUGCACUUGUGAAGAAAAAUUUUGCAAUUCUUCAACGGGAUGUGAAGUUGGAUCGCCAAAAUUUGAACCAGCCUCCCAAUUAGCAACCAAGAUAUCAACGAAUACAAUCUUGUCUUCAACUACAAUUGUCGACGUCGUAGAAGAAAAUCGACAUGGGUGUCAAAAUAGCACUAAUAUCCAUUAUUGGAACACAAAUAAGAAAAGAAACUUACUGGUUUUUGGAAUAACAUUUUUCAUGUCUUUGUCAAUUUUGAUGAUGCUAAGUUCAGAGUACGGUGCAAUUGAAUACGCCAUCUUUCAUGCUUCAUAUGCAGUAGAGUGUGGAAUAGCAGAAUGUGUAACAGGCCGAGACAAUGAUGUGAACUUAGCUUGCACGAAAAAUCAGACAAAUCCAUGGCUGAAAGUCAGUCUUAGCAAAACAAGCACCAUGGAAAGAGUUUUGAUUUACAAUCGACAAGACUGCUGUGGGGAACGACUACAUGAGGUUCGAGUAGAUGUCAUAGACAAUGGACGUAAUGUUUCGUGUGGUUUUUACCAGGGACCGGCCGCCAAUGGAGACCGUAUCCUGGUUCUGUGUGAGAGGGAAACCAGAGGGAAUGAAGUUAUUAUUUCUAUUUUAUCAAAAGACGGACCAACUGAUUUCCUUAGU